GAACGCACCCGCUGCACCCGCUGGCGACUCGGAUGGCAGCCUGGUGGCAAACCGAAAUCAUGCUCCAACUGCAAACACCCGCACAUCACGAAAAGACAUGCCAUUGACUGCCACAACAUGCAUGCUCGCCUCCGUGUCAACCGCAUACAACACAGCAUCCCUUUGUCCUUCAUUCUUAACCAACUCCCU